CACUAUUUCUGCAUCAUAUAUCUGAGGAAGACGAGAACUGAUCUAAAUUGUCGCAAUGCGGGGCUUCAGGCUGGCAGGCAUUAUGAUGCUUCUUACAGUCAUCAACACUCUAUGCUAUGGAGCGAUAACACGCAAUGAUCCGCCUAAUAAGUCAGCCACCGUGCUCGGACAUGGUUCAAUAAAAGUGCAUGAUGGACCUAAAGGAAAAGAUACCGUACUUGAUGGUCCUAACGGAUCAAUAAAAGCGCUCGAUAAAGGAAAACUAACCGUGCUGGGACAUAAACUACGCCGUGACAUUCGUGAGGCCAAUGCAUCAGUAAUAGAACAUCUUGGGGCUAAUGCAGCAACAGUGAAGCCUCUUAGCUCUAAUACAAAAGUACGACGUGAGGCUAAUGCAACAUUGCAUCGCGUGCCUCUCACGAGAGGAAGAUCUCUACGUGAGGCAAACACAGAAAAAGGACCCAAUGCUGUGAAAGCAUCAGAUGUCACUACUGUGAAGCCAGCUACGACUACACCAGCCCGUCUAGGGAACAUGAUAACUGUCCCCGCCAACUGUCCUGAUGGACAGAAAUACGUGAACGGAGCGUGCCGGGAGGUUUGGCAAUCUAGAUAGCAUCCUUUAUUAGCGACGAAUCUCAACUUCACUAUACGAUUAUGUUUAAUUUACGGUAUUAGCAGGCAAUGAGGAUAUGUGAAUUCUGUAACAACUAUUUGCUUAGUCAUUCGUUUAGUGUUAU